AUGAUGAUGACGCUGGACAAGCUGGACGCGCCCGGAAACGGGGGUCUGCUGCCGGUUGGAGCGACGGGACGGCAUCGGCGCCACGCGGGCAGCUGCACGCCCGAGAUGGUGGACAGUUUCUACAUCGACAUUCCGACGCCCUCGACGCGCAGUGUCUCGCCGUUAUCGGCCUCGGUGUCCCCCGGGAAGGAGAAAUCGUUCAGCUUCUUCAAGAGCGUGUACCGCAAGAUCAGCAUGAAGUCAACCGACGAGCUGGACCAGCUGCACGGUGUCCAUGGUGGGGAUGAGGACUCACGCAGCUCGUCCGUUGAUUCAGCCUGCUCGUCGAUCAGUGAUCACCGCGAGCAACGAUCAGCAGAUGGCAAGCAGCUGGACAACGGUGGACAUCUCCAGCUGCAACUGGCCAGCCUUGGGCUGUCGAGUGCUUCAAGCGAGUCGGCUGUUAGCGGAGACGCCACCAAACGUGUCGAUGGAAGCGGUGGCGAUGGAGAUGAAUCUGGCCGCGAGGGUACCUGCGAUGGUGCCAAGGAGUACCGCCGGAAAUCACGGCGAUCGUCAGUGCUGAAGCUGCUCGAAAGUCUUGCCAUCAACGCACCGAUCCGGUCACGGUCACUCUCGUGCAGCAACAGCUCCGUGAACAACCUGCUACACAUGAAGGGACGAGAGUCACGCGCCGAAUCCAAGUGUUCACUAUUCAGCACGAACAGCGCCAGCAACGGAUCCUCAGCGACAGGUGGUGAACGGGUGGCCAAGGAAUCAAGCAAACCACCCCCAAAGAAGAUCCUGCGCCGACCCGUAUCCUAUACGUACCUGCGCGGUAUAUCCGGACUGCCGACCCAGCGAGUACCGCGAUCGUCGAUCUGCUGCAGCUACUACGGACGUUAGGACCUGCGGCCAGGGAAGUCCCCCAGGAUCGGAUGGGAAGCCUAAAUGCGAAAAAAAAAACAAACACCAUAUCAUUACAUUGCACCUUCGGAGCGGAGCAAACAGAACUGACGCGCAAAAUAUACGAGCACACAAGCCGCACAAAUGCAACGAUUGGGAUCAUCAACACGUACAUUGUUUUCUAAAUUAGUCGAAUAGUUUUGCGUUCCUGCGGCGAAACGAUACCGUACCUUAGCGAAAUUCGAAAUAAGAGAGGGUUAGCCCCGAGCCUUGGAACACCGCUUGCAAGGAUACGUUGUAAGGACAUGUAGGGUAGAAUUCGGUGCGAUUUCGAAGAGGCUGCCCGGACGCGUACACGUCGAGGCCUCUGCGACUGCCUUGCUUUGCUCGCAUCCACCACAGAACUCUAGGCGAGCUGAUCGAUAGGAGCAGUCAAUCUAAAAAAUGAGAAAAAAAAACUACUUGCGAUAAAAAGUGCAAUUAUUCUACUCGAUAAAUAUACGUAGCCCGGUACCGCGAGGAACCGCUAGAAGGACACUUUUGAUGGCAGGAGCUUCUUUCUUCUUUAUACAUAUAUUUAUAUACACACACAUAGGAGUCACUUUUGAGGGAGAGAGAGAGAAAGAGAGAGAAAAGUAGAGAAAGCGAAGUGAUCAGUAAGCAACCGGCACCAGAACGCUCGUUAUCCUUAAUCAUUAGGCUGUAUCGACACAGUUGCGACGUAGGACUAGAAAUCGUUUUUGCCUCUAGAGAUUCCAGGUUCGAAAGACGGUAGGCGGAGACGUGUAGCGUCGUUUUAACGGAGCGUAUCCGUGUUUUGUACAUACUCGUCAAUAAACAAA